AUGUUUGUGUGUUUCAGUGUCCGUGACGUCGACGGAGUGUCCGUGACGUCGACGGAGGCGGUGGCUGGUAGCACGGCGAGGCUAAUUUGUGACGUCACACCUCCCAUACCUGGGGAUAAGAUACAUCUUGUCAUCUGGUACAAGCAGUCUAGUGAUUUACCCUUAUGUUUGUGUGUUUCAGUGUCCGUGACGUCGACGGAGGCGGUGGCUGGUAGCACGGCGAGGCUAAUUUGUGACGUCACACCUCCCAUACCUGGGGAUAAGAUACAUCUUGUCAUCUGGUACAAGCAGUCUAGUGAUUUAUCCUUAUGUUUGUGUGUUUCAGUGUCCGUGACGUCGACGGAGGCGGUGGCUGGUAGCACGGCCAGGCUAAUUUGUGACGUCACACCUCCCAUACCUGGGGAUAAGAUACAUCUUGUCAUCUGGUACAAGGAGCCUGACGAUGCACCUAUUUACACCGUGGAUGCCCGUGGUCGCAGCGUGGAGCAGGCGGUCCACUGGGCAGACAACGCGACUCUGGGGCCACGGGCGACGUUCCGCCUGGCCGAGGCACCAGCGCGGCUCACCCUGGACGACGUGCGAGACCAGGACGGCGGCGUCUACCGCUGCAGAAUAGACUUCAAGAAGUCACCCACGAGAAACACCAAAGUCAACCUCACCGUCAUACUGCCACCACAGCGUCUAGUGGUGGUAGAUGAGCGAGGAGGAGGUGACAACCUACAUCACUACAUCUUGGGCCCCUACAACGAGGGUACAGCCGUGGACAUAUCUUGUACGUCCGUCGGAGGUAGACCGCUGCCCAGAGUGACCUGGUGGCAGGAGAACGCGCUGAUAGACGACACGUUCGAGGCCAUCGCAGACCGCAGAGUACGCAACGUGCUGCACAUAGAGCACGUAGAGAGGAGACACUUGCACACUGCAUACACGUGUCAGGCGUCCAACAACCACUACGCGGCGCCAAUCUCCACCGCCGUCACCUUGGACGUCAACUUGCGGCCUCUAUGGGUACGACUGCUGGGAGACAACGUGCCUCUGUCCGCAGACCAGUCCCACGAGCUGCGCUGUGAGGUGGUCGGCGCCCGACCUCCCCCUCUGGUGUCCUGGUGGAAAGGCAGCAUCCCCCUUAGACACACCAAGGAGAACACGUCCUCAGAUGGCAACAGGACGGUGAGCACGCUACAGUUCGUGCCUACCAUCGAGGACUCUGGCAAGAUCUUGAGUUGCCGAGCCAACACACCACUUAUAUCCGACACCAGUGUCGAGGACGGUUGGCAGUUAGACAUUUACCAUGUGCCUAUAGUAUCGCUGGAGAUGGGCAGCAGCAUCAACGCCAGUUCUAUACAGGAGGGGAUGGAUGUCUACUUUGAAUGUAACAUAAAGUCAAACCCUUGGGCGUCUCAGAUCAGUUGGCUACAUAAUGGCCAAGAGAUAAUGAGCAACUCCAAGGGCGGUGUAUUGGUCAGCAACCAGAGUCUGGUGCUGCAGGACGUCACCAGACAGCGCGCCGGUCGCUACACUUGUCUGGCAGUGAACAGCGAGGGUGAGGGUGAGAGCAACACUGUCUACCUAGACGUUAAAUAUCGACCCGUGUGUAGACACCCGGACGCCACGGUAGGGGUGGGUCGCCGGGAGACGGCUAAGGUAGUGUGUGACAUGGACGCCAAUCCUGCAGACUUGCAGUUCUUCUGGUGGGUCAACAGUACCAGCGGCAGCGGCCUGGUGGAGUUGCCACACUCUAACUGGACGACAGAUCGCUCACGCAGCACCGCCCUCUACACCCCCAGGUCCGGGGCUGACUACGGCACCUUACUGUGUCACUCUCGCAACCACCUGGGCCCUCAGCAGGAACCCUGCGUCUUCCACAUAAUUCCAGCUGGCAGACCAGACAGUGUAGGGAACUGUUCAAUGGUAAACCAAACGGACGACAGUGUUCAGAUAGAGUGUGAUGCAGGCUUCGACGGUGGGAUCUCCCAGACGUUCCAGGUGGAGGUGUACGACUCCGCAUCUCAGACUCUGGUCACAAACCUAUCGAGGGAGACCCCGAGCUUCGCCCUGCAGGGCCUCGCCCCAGGCCAGCUCCUCGACCUGCUCCUCUACGCUCACAACUCCAAGGGCCGCAGUGACGUCAGCAUGCUCUCUGUCGCCACGCUCAAACCUGACAGACGCAUAGACAGCUUUCCGCUGCAGCUCUCUCGGAGUCCGGUGCUGAGUCAGUUGACGCCACUGGCCGGGGUGCUGGCAGGGGUCGUGCUGUCUCUGGUGCUGAUAGCUCUGGCAGUGCUGCUCGCGCUGAGGCUAUACCUUAAGUCUCGGAGUCCGUUGCUGAGUCAGUUUACGCCACUGGCCGGGGUGCUGGCUGGGGUCGUGCUGUCUCUGGUGCUGAUAGCUCUGGCAGUGCUGCUCGCGCUGAGGCUAUACCUUAAGUCUCGGAGUCCGUUGCUGAGUCAGUUGACGCCACUGGCCGGGGUGCUGGCAGGGGUCGUGCUGUCUCUGGUGCUGAUAGCUCUGGCAGUGCUGCUCGCGCUGAGGCUAUACCUUAAGUCUCGGAGUCCGUUGCUGAGUCAGUUGACGCCACUGGCCGGGGUGCUGGCAGGAGUCGUGCUGUCUCUGGUGCUGAUAGCUCUGGCAGUGCUGCUCGCGCUGAGGCUAUACCUUAAGUCUCGGAGCCCGGUGCUGAGUCAGUUGACGCCACUGGCCGGGGUGCUGGCUGGGGUCGUGCUGUCUCUGGUGCUGAUAGCUCUGGCAGUGCUGCUCGCGCUGAGGCUAUACCUUAAGUCUCGGAGUCCGGUGCUGAGUCAGUUGACGCCACUGGCCGGGGUGCUGGCUGGGGUCGUGCUGUCUCUGGUGCUGAUAGCUCUGGCAGUGCUGCUCGCGCUGAGGCUAUACCUUAAGUCUCGGAGCCCGGUGCUGAGUCAGUUGACGCCACUGGCCGGGGUGCUGGCUGGGGUCGUGCUGUCUCUGGUGCUGAUAGCUCUGGCAGUGCUGCUCGCGCUGAGGCUAUACCUUAAGUCUCGGAGUCCGGUGCUGAGUCAGUUGACGCCACUGGCCGGGGUGCUGGCUGGGGUCGUGCUGUCUCUGGUGCUGAUAGCUCUGGCAGUGCUGCUCGCGCUGAGGCUAUACCUUAAGUCUCGGAGUCCGGUGCUGAGUCAGUUGACGCCACUGGCCGGGGUGCUGGCAGGGGUCGUGCUGUCUCUGGUGCUGAUAGCUCUGCCAGUGCUGCGCGCGCUGAGUCUAUACCUUAAGUCUCGGAGUCCGGUGCUGAGUCAGUUGACGCCACUGGCUGGAGUCCUGGCAGAGGUCAUGCUGUCUCUGGUGCUGAUAGCUCUGGCAAUGCUGCUCGCGCUGAGGCUAUACCUUAAGUCUCGGAGUCCGGUGCUGAGUCAGUUGACGCCACUGGCCGGGGUGCUGGCUGGGGUCGUGCUGUCUCUGGUGCUGAUAGCUCUGGCAGUGCUGCUCGCGCUGAGGCUACGCUCUCGUCAGCCGUCCACCCUCAAAACAGCCCCUGACUGCGACAAGCCACCAUGUAGCAGUGUUGACAGUGUGGACAAGAACCCUGACAUCAUACCCCUCAACAACGAUCUGGAAGUUUGCCUUGAUAAGAAGCCGUUAGAUGGGGGAGGGUUUGAUAUCCUCGAGACACAGGAGCUGAAACGUAUGGAGGUGACGUAUGCAGAGUUGUCCCUAGCGCUGCCUGUCGGAGGCGGCGUAUACUCCAAGUUGCUGACGACACAACAGCCGUCUGCUGACCUCCCUCUACAGACAAGGGUAUCCUCCUUCACCAAAGAGAGCUCGGAGGAGUCCACGCUGGUGGAAGGACCAGUCGUUACUACUCGUUUUUGA